GGACUAAAAGUACUAAAUUAUUACAAACUUAAAAGAUUAUGUAGUAUAUACUAUAAAUGUACAUAAUAGUAAGGACGAAAAUACCAGACCCUCCCAAGUUAGAGGACCAUUUAAGUUAAACACUCCCCCUAAAAUUCCAUGCAUCUAGAAUAGCCCCACUUCCCUCAAAAACACAUGCACUCUCUCUCUCCCACUUUUCAGGAAUUAUCUAUUAGAUUCUUCAAUGGCCUUGAGAACUGGACCGAUUUUCUGCCAACUUAAACCACAGACGAAGAAGCCUGAACCGGGGGUUUUUACGCCGGUUCAGAAGCUGAGAGUGUCAUCUUCAUCGUCAGAACCGGGACAGGAGAAUGGGAAAAUAAUGUUGCAGCCGAGGUUGACUACUUUAAGAUCAUUCGGGUCGGAUCCUGUCGGAGUAAUUAAGACCAAGAACGGUAGUUUUGAUGGAGAAGAUGAAGAGGUUUCGCCUUUUUUUGCAACGUUGUCGGAGUAUAUCGAAAGCUCUAAGAAGAGUCAAGAUUUUGAGAUUAUCUCCGGUCGACUUGCCAUGAUUGUGUUUGCAGCGACAGUGUCCAUGGAAGUUGUGACUGGAAAUUCUGUAUUCAGAAAGACUGAUUUUCAAGGAAUAGCUGAAGCUGCUGGAGUUUGUAUUGGUGCCGUAGCUUGUGCUGCCAUUUUUGCUUGGUCUUCUAGUUCUCGCACACGAGUUGGACGAAUUUUCACCCUUGGCUGCAACACCUUCAUCGAUUCCUUAAUCGAUCAAAUUGUUGAUGGUUUGUUUUAUGACAACGAGCUCAAUGAUUGGAUUGACGAUAUCUAGACCACAAUAAUGAAAUACAAGUAUAAAUAAUUGAAAAAAAGAAAGUGUUGAAAUUAAGCAACUAAGUGUUGAAAUUAAGCAACUUAUUUUAUCAAAUGUUUGAAGUAUAAUGUGUAUCAUUAGGACCUUGGUUAGUAUAUAUCUUGUAAAUAUAUAUCAUAUAGUUAAAUAUAUUGAAAAGAAGCUAUUACACAA